GCCAGUGAGUGGCAGUGAGUGUCAUGUGGUGGAUGUUGUUAGGCCUACUGGCCUACGGCCUUGCCGUGUCACCCGUGGCUGGAGUUAAGCAGCGAGCUAACUACCAAAGGCUCAAGGAUGACUUUACCAUCGUGGGGCUGUUCCAUCCUGAACAGAAGCAACAGGAGUUCGCCUUCUCGAGCGCUAUAGAAGCAGUCAACAUGGACUCUCAAGUGAUCCCCUACACCAACCUCGUGCCUAGGAUAGAGUACUUCUCUCACUUUGACAGUUUUAACACUAGCAAGAGAGUGUGUACUCUGCUGGAGGAGGGGGUGGGAGCGAUAUUCGGCCCCCAGUCCGUAGGCACCACGGGGAUUGUCCAGUCCAUCUGCGAUAACAUGGAAAUACCUCACAUUGACCUGCGUUGGGACAUCUCUGCCAAACCAUCUGGAUGUGUCAUCAACCUGUACCCGGACUCGAAACUGCUUGCGACAGCUCUCAUCAAUGUGAUCCGGGACAUGGACUGGAAGUCAUACACUGUUCUCUACGAAGACUAUGACAGCCUUAUUCGUCUGCAGGAGGUGUUCAAGGACCACGAGGGUCUGUCUCACUCUGAGGGUUUCCCACCCUUCACAGUCAGACAACUACCCUCAGAGGAUGACGACUAUAGGCCAUUGCUCAAGGAAUUAAAAACGGCCGGAGAAUCUCACAUUGUCCUUGAUUGUCCAACUGAUAAGAUUAUGACCAUCCUUACGCAAGCCAACGAGGUGAAGCUGAUGGGAGAAUAUCUGAGCAUCAUACUGACAUCUCUGGACGCGCACACCAUUGACUACGGGGUGUUCCGGUACGACAGGACGAACAUCACGGCACUCCGACUGAUAGAUCCCAAUUCAGCUACAGUGAUGGCGACCUUGCACGACUGGGAGUACGAGGCCCACAGGAAACACCAGACUUUCAACCUCACGGCCACCGAUCUCCAGAUAGAAUCCCUGUUGAUGUUUGACGCGGUGAGGCUGUUCGCUCUGGCAUUAGACAAACACGGAGGGAGACUGCAGCCUGAGCGCCUGGACUGUCACUCAGGCAGAAAAUGGGAACACGGCUUCGGCAUAAUCAAUUUUAUGAAGAAUAUGGAAUACGAGGGGGUGUCUGGGCCGAUGAGGUUCAAUGAAGAAAGUGGACACAGGGAUUUCUUUUCUCUUGAAAUAAUUGAGUUGGCUAAUGAAGGCUUCAAGAAGAUCGGAACAUGGGAUCCUGAACACGGGAUAAACUAUACCAGAACCGUCGGCCAGAUGUACAGUGACAUCGUACAGAGUAUUACCACUAAAAAGUUCAUCGUCACUUCCAGAAUUGGCCGACCGUACCUCGAGUACACAGAGAACCACCAAGAGAAGGAGGGCAACGCCAGGUACGAGGGAUAUUCCAUGGACCUCAUUGAUUCCAUAGCAAAGGAACUCGGAUUCAAGUACGAGUUUCAACUAGUUGAAGACAAACAGUAUGGAACUCUGGAUAAGAAAACGAAACAGUGGAAUGGUCUGAUAAGAGAACUCAGAGAAAAGAAAGCUGAUUUAGCUAUCUGUGAUUUAACAAUCACUUACGACAGAAGAAGUGCAGUAGAUUUCACUAUGCCGUUCAUGACUCUAGGAAUCAGUAUCCUCUACAAAAAGCCGGAAAAGCCAGAUGUGAAAUUGUUUUCCUUCCUGUCUCCUCUCGCCUUCAAUGUGUGGGUUACCAUGGCAACAGCAUACCUGGGUAUCUCUCUUCUACUCUACAUCCUGUCAAGGUGUUCACCAUAUCAGUGGGAGAACCCUCACCCUUGCAACUCUGACCCCGAGGAGUUAGAACUUACGUUCAAUCUGUCCACUUGCUUGUGGUUUUCUAUUGGCUCUCUCACCACGCAAGGCUGUGACUUGUUGCCGAAGGCAGUGUCUACUCGGAUAGUGGCGGGCAUGUGGUGGUUCUUCACUCUGAUCAUGAUCUCGUCAUACACGGCCAACCUUGCUGCCUUCAUCACCCAACAAAAGAUGGACAACACCAUCGACAGUGCUGAAGAUCUGGUCAACCAAAACAAGGUCAAGUACGGAGUCAUGGCAGACGGGUCCAGCUACAACUUCUUCAGGGAGAGCAAUGACAGCUUGUACCAGAAGAUUUGGAGCAACAUGCAGUCAGCAACACCGUCUGUGUUCACCGACAACAACGAUGAGGGUGUGGACCGAGUGCGCAAGGCCAAAAACCGAGGGUACGCCUUCUUCAUGGAGUCUACAACCAUAGAGUUCCAGGUAGAGCAGUACUGCGAACUUACCCAGAUAGGCGGCACACUGGACUCUAAGGGAUAUGGCAUCGCUAUGCCUUCAGAUUCACCGUACAGGACAGCCAUUAGUGGAGCGGUGCUCAAGCUGCAGGAGUCCGGGAAGCUGAGGGAUCUGAAGACUAAGUGGUGGAGUUCUUGGAAACCGAACAACACUUACUAUUGUAAUAAAUUCUUGUCUUCGAGCGCUUCGUCGAAUGGAGAGUUCGACAUGGAUAAUGUGGGCGGAGUGUUCAUCGUCUUGCUCGGAGGCUGCUCUCUGUCCUUCCUUGUGGCCAUCUUCGAGUUUCUUUGGAACGUCAGGAAGGUGGCUGUCACAGAAAAGAUAUCGCCAAUGGAAGCGUUCAUGCUGGAGCUGAAAUUUGCAGUAAGGUGCCACGGCACGACUAAACCUGUGAGGUUGUUACCUUCCGAAUCCUCCCCCAAGGAUAGCCUCCACGGCUCGUUCCUCCAACUGGACAUGUUCCCGAACAACAAGGAGCCGUCACACGCCCGCACUCCAGCCCACUUGGCUGGCUGGACCCCAGACCUUGACCUUCCAGGGAAAUGACUCCAGGUGGAACUACAAAACUAUCGACCAGAUCCGCUUUUAGUCUUGUGUGAAUUCAUGUAGUAUAAUAUUAGUUAUAACAGAGGUUGUAGUGUAAUUUGCUCUAUUGCUUCAAAGUCAUUAAUUUAAAAAUAAAACUUAAUUUGUUUUAAAGUGUUUAUUAGUACUUUAUGAAACAUUUAAGACAAUAGCUUUUCAGUUGAAAUGUUACAUAUACUUAUUACAUGUUACAUGUUGUUAUGUUACAUGUUACUUAUUCGAAUAAACUUUUCCAGCACCCUUAAUUCCAACGUAGUACCUAUAAUAAUUUUCAUGUUCAAGGUUUAUGAGAGAUUUAGCUAAAAAUAUUUGAUUGUAAUUUAAAUAUCAUAGUAUAAUCUGGUUUGCUGCACAUUCCAGUAAAAAUAUUGCUAUACUCCUAACAGCAGAAUAACCGUUUGUUUACAUUUUGUAGACAAAGUUAUUAUUUCACUACGUAUAUUGGUACUUACAGUUAUAAUCUGUACAACUUAUUUUCGUAAGUGGUUUCAGAAGUACAAGAAGAUAGGCACUUUACUAUAUCCCGAGACCGGUAAAAUAUCAUUUGCCUUCCUGGUACUUUGGGGCGUGUAAUAGAUUACAAAUUAAUAAGGAUUACAUAGUAAAGGGCAAUAGAACUUUUACCAACAUCUUCAAUUCCCACUAUUGAAUACCACUUACAACUAACAAUUGGGUUUUCAAGUUUGCAGUUUUCUAUUCUUCAGGUGAAAUAAAUCUAACCUAUUAGAACGGUUGUUUUUGAAUUAGGAUACGUUUUCUGAUGCACUAGUUUUUGGGCUAGGGCAUUUAGGCUAACUAAGGUUAAAAAAGUUAACAGGAAGAAUGAUUAUUAAAGGAAAAAGCAAAUGAAAACAAUUAAUAAAUUAAGUUGGUGAUAUUCUCGAUACCUUUUAUGAAGAAGAAAUAUUAUAAAUGUUUCUAAAUUUUACCAUUCCACGAGGAUUGGUAGGCUUUUUAAAGAUAUCAUAUGGGAAUUUAAAAUAAGGUUUAAAGAAUAACGGUUCAAGAAAAGAAUAUAAAUCUAUAUAUAUAUAAAUGAAACUGUUCGUGUGUAACAGCAUCACUCACAAACGGCUGGACGGAUUCGCCUAAUUUUUUUUUUAAUUUGUUCGUCUUGAUCUGUAGAAGGUUAUAGGAU